AUGGCAAUCCCCAACUUUGCACUCCCUGGCGACUCACUCGCAUCCACAUCAACAAACACACCCAGCACCGGCUCCCACGUCUUCAACUCCACAAUCCACGCCAGUCUAGCCGGCCCCGUCACCAGCGCCGCACCCUCCAAGAAAACCCCUUCACCCACCAUCAGCAUAUCCUCAUCCACCUCCGCAUCAACAUCCUACACCGCUGCUCUGCCUUCGGUCAGCGACAUUGUCCUCGGCCGCAUCACACGCACAAACCCACGCCAAGCCACCCUCGACAUCCUCGCUCUAGGCGCCACCGGCACACAAGUGCUCCGCGAACCUUUUUCAGCAAUCAUCCGCCAGCAAGACAUUCGCGCCACUGAAGUUGAUAAAGUAAAGGUGAAUGAGAGUUUCAGAGUGGGCGAUAUUGUGAGGGCGGUGGUUAUCAGUUUGGGAGACGAGAGGAGUUAUUUUGCGAGUACGGCCAAGAAUGAGUUUGGGGUUGUGCUUGCGGUUAGUGAGGGGGGUGAGCAGAUGGUGCCGCUUAGUUGGAAGGAGAUGAAGGAGGUCAAUGGUGCGAGGACCGAAUUAAGGAAGGUUGCCAAGCCUGUCUGA